UAAACAUUCCUCUAAAAUUUUCUUUUGUUUUUUUAAUUUCUUUUUUUAGUUCUUCCUUCUUGACGAUUCACACCGUCUAUUCACACUACCCGUCAUAUACAACUCUUUAUCAUCUUUCUCUUUCUUAUCUUUUCUCUUUUUCAGUUCUUCUUGAUCUUUUUUUUUUUAUCCUGCAAAGUUUAAUUUGCCUGUGUGCGUGUGUUUGGUUGUUAUGGAAGGACACCACCAUCAUCACCCCCAUCAUCAUCAUCAACAUCAACAUCUUCAUCAGCCGCAACAUCAUCUCCAGCCGCAGCACCAUAUCCCGGUUAACGUUGAACCGGCCGAUAGGUUUCCUCAAUGGAGUACUCAAGAAACUAAGGAAUUCUUGAUGAUCAGAGCAGAGCUUGACCAGACUUUCAUGGAAACAAAAAGGAAUAAAAUUCUCUGGGAAGUUAUCUCUUCCAAGAUGAAGGAAAAGGGUUACAAUCGCAGCGCAGAACAGUGCAAGUGCAAGUGGAAGAACCUAGUAACUCGAUACAAGGGAUGUGAAACGAUGGAGGCUGAAGCCGUGAGGCAACAAUUCCCUUUCUACAACGAGUUGCAGGCAAUAUUUGCAGGGAGGAUGCACAGAAUGUUAUGGGCAGAAGCAGAAGGAGGAGGGGCGAGCGGGUCAAAGAAGAAGGCGGUGCAGUUAUCUUCAGACGAAGAAGAUCAGGAGGAGAGCGAAGGAGAUCAGAACACGAGGAAGAAGAAGAAGAAAGGGAGGGGGAGUAGUAGUAGCGUUGGAAUUAGCAGUAACAGAAGUAGUGGGAACAUGAGAGAGAUACUGGAGGAGUUUAUGAAACAACAGAUGCAAAUAGAAAUGGAAUGGAGAGAAGCAUUCGAGGCGAGAGAAAAGGAGAGGAAGAUGAAAGAGAUGGAAUGGAGACAGAUGAUGGAGGCAUUAGAGAAGGAGAGGGUAGUGAUGGAUAGAAGGUGGAGAGAGAGAGAAGAACAAAGGAGGAUUAGAGAAGAAGCUAGGGCCGAAAAGAGGGACGCUCUUAUCACUGCUCUCCUUCAUAAGCUCACAAGACAAGGCUCCAUCUAGCUUACCUUUACUACUACUUGCAUGUUUUGGAGGAGAGAAUAUAUAUAUUCAUAUAUAUAUAUAUAUAUGGGGAACUUUUCCAGAGGUUUGUCCUCCAACUUUCAUCUUCACAAGAUGUUUUCUUUUCUUUAAUUUUUUUUCCUUUUAAUUAGUUCUGUUGAUUCUGCUAGUGAUGAAAUUAAGAGGUUGAAUUUUCUUUUUAA